GCAGCUCACACCAUCCGUUUUGAAGACUUUCUCGCCCAUGGCGAACUUGGAACCAGUAGUGGCGUGCCUGAGCAGCUGUGCCUCGGCGCCACCCUGUUCAGGCUUCGUCCCGCCUUCGUGCCGCUUCGGAAGUGCGCGGACCACACGUCAACCUUGGCAUAAUGUGACAUCAUAGCAUCAAUAAAGUCCAGGAGGGUUUUAACAGACUGAUUCCAUCAUUCAUCUAUCCUGGUCCCGUAUUGCCGACCUUUUUGUGCGCUUCAUCUGGCUAGCACCUCCGAGUUACAUCCUGCUUUAUUACACAAACUCACACGCUUGCUCUUGCCUUUCUGCAUCCUUUACGUUCCAAGGUUCCAAAGCAAACAGUCCGGUAGAUAUCCACACCACCGUCAUUGCCCAGAGUUUCUACUUCACUCUCUACAUACGGCAUAUUCACGGCUACGACAUUCGCCAAUGUGGGGAAUCUCGUAUUGGAUCGUACCCAUUUUCUCCGCCUCAGUAUGGCUUGCAAUGAUGAUAGCCAUGCUGGUGACAUGGUCCGUGGAAGGCUCACCACACUAUGCCUCUAUGGAUCCAAAACAAUCAAUUGCCUACAUAUCUGAUAUCGGCGCACAGGGUCUCAAACCCCUCUUCAUUGCCAUGUCCGCCAUUACCGUCGUUUCCUUCGACCUUGCUUUCAUCCUCGAAAGGUGGCUCCGACACACUGGACGCCUUACGCAUAACACCUCAAACUUCCAGAAAAUCUUAUCCAUUCUCAGCCUCAUUGCUGCGGUUGCAGGCGCUGCAGGCUUAGUCCUCCUUUCAAUCUUCGACACGUUACGGCAUCCUCAUCUACACAACGGUUUCCUAGUCCUCUUCAUCGGAGGCUAUAUAAUCAGCGCCAUCUUCAUCUGCUGGGAAUACCAACGUCUCGGAAUCCAUUUCCGCCAACACUCUGUUCUACGAUACUCUUUCUGGAUCAAGCUCGUCUUCAUCCUCAUCGAAGUUGCACUGGCUAUUGCAUUCGGCGUCUGCCAACACCAAAGAAGAUACAACGCCGCCGCUGUGCUAGAAUGGGUUAUCGCUUUCUUUUACUUCUUUUAUGUCCUCAGCUUCUUCAUUGAUUUCAUGCCUGCGGUUAGGACGAAGCAUCACCAGUCUCACGAGACAGAGAUGGAUAUGGCGAUGGAGGGGGGCGGAGGCGGUGCUGUGGAGGGCGGGAGAUAUUAUGGCAGGGGUGCGCCAGCAACGAAUGGAUACACAAACGGCAAUAGCAUGCAUCCCGGGCAUCCAAAUGUGGCUACAAACGGUUAUGCUAAUGGAAGUUUAUCCAACGGGAAUUAUAAGCCUCCCACUCCCCCAUUUCUUUCAUCGCGGAAAUUCUAAGUCCUUGGCGAAGGAGCAUAGUUAGGCUUAUUGUAGGUAUUUCCUUUGUGCGGUGAGGUGAGCGCAUGCAAAUAGUGUGGAUCAUGUAAAUUGGCGUUUCUGGAGCAUGGUUAUUUGGACAAAUUAGCGGCAUUGCUAGUACUAGGGAGGCGUCAGUUUCAGUAAUGACCCAUUUGGCUUGUACGAAUAGAUGGGAUUUAGAUGUAAUGCAUUAGACUGCGUAUAGUAGGUGAGAGCCUGCACUCGAUUAUUUAGUAUGGGUUAUGUUUACCCUGUAGUUGUUAUUGUAUUUUGUACCCCACCAUUGAAGC